AUGUAUAUAUCUAAACAACCUUUUCGUAAAUCUAAGCAACCCUUUCGUAAAUCCAAACAAACUUUUCAUAAAUCUAAGCAACCUUUUCGUAAAUUCAAACAACCUUUUCGUAAAUCUAAGCAACCUUUUCGUAAAUCCAAACAACCUUUUCGUAGGCGUUCUCGAAUAGGCCCGGGGGAUCGAAUUGAUUAUAGAAACAUGAGUUUAAUUAAUCGAUUUAUUAGUGAACAAGGAAAAAUAUUAUCUAGACGAAUAAAUAGAUUAACCUUGAAACAACAACGAUUAAUUACUCUUGCUAUAAAACAGGCUCGUAUUUUAUCUUUCUUACCAUUUCGUAACUAUGAGAAUGAGAAGCAAUUUCAAGCCCAGGCAAUUUCAAUAAUUACUGGUCCUAGACACAGAAAAAAUAGACAUAUUCCUCAAUUAACACAAAAGUUCAAUUCCAAUCGAAACUUAAGAAACUCCAACCAGAAUUUAAGAAACAACAAUCGAAACUUAAGUUCCGAUUGUUGA